AUGAGUCCAGUGAAACAUCAUACAGAUAAUAAUCUUCAAUUAGAUUCACCAAAAUUAGUUACAACAACAAAGUCUACAGCAUCGUCAUCAUCUUCCUCUUCAUCACCAUCUAUUCCAUCAUCAAAAAGUAUUUCACCAUCAUCACAUCAACAACAACAACAGUCAUCUCUUCAAAUUCCACCAUCUACAUUACUCAAUGCCAAUGGUGGACCAAAUUUUUUUCCUUUUCCAAUGAAUUUUUAUCAUCCUUAUAUGCAUCCGUUCACAGCUGCUCUACGUGCAGCACAUCAGACUCAUCAACAAAAUUUUUCCUACGAUACUUUAGCUGCUGUCUCAUCGUAUAAUAAUCGAUUGACUAACGGUACAGCAAUACCAACAAAUAUUCCAAAGAGUGAUGGAUUAUCAUCAUUCAACUCAGUGAACAUAAAUAGUGGUUUAUUAACCAAAACUAAUACUAAAAAUGAUAUGUCGGAUAAUGAUUUAGCAGAAGAAUCGGAUGAUGAUCGAGAUAGUAAACGUCGUCGAACAAGAACAAAUUUUACUUCUAUGCAAAUAGAAGAACUUGAGAAAGCAUUUCAAGAUGAUUUUGUUUCUUCUCGAAUUGAAGGACAUUAUCCCGAUGUUUAUAUGAGAGAAGCAUUGGCAAUGCGAUUAGACUUAAUAGAAUCGAGAGUACAGGUAUGGUUUCAAAAUCGUCGUGCUAAAUGGCGUAAAAUGGAGAAUACUAAAAAAGGUCCUGGUAGGCCACCACACAAUGCGCAUCCAGUAACAUGUUCAGGUGAACCCAUUUCUAAAGAAGAAUUAGAGAAAAAACGACGUGAAGCUGAAGAAAAGAAAAAACGUAAACAAUGUGAUAGACAACGUCGAUUAGAUGCAAAAAAACAUGUACUCUUAAAUAACAUUACGAAUAAUAAUUCUUCUGAUAAUAAUACGAAUACGGUUAAUACAACAAAUGAUCAAUUGAAUAUUUCAACAUCAUCAGCUACAACUAUUAAUGAUCACACAAUUGAUGAUAGUGAUGAUUCACUUUUAGAUGAUAUUUCACCAGCAAUAUCCGAAACAAGUACAACAAUAUCAACAGAUAAACCAUCAACUUCUAAAAUAAUAGAAUCAUCAUCAUCAAUAUUAAAUAAAUGUUCAUAUUCUAUUGAUAGUAUUCUAUCACAAAAUAGUCAACAACAAAAACAUGUACGAAAAUCAUUAUCAUCUUCACAACAAAAUUCAAAACAUUAUCGUACAACAUCACCAGAUACAAAUAAUCAUUUACUUCGGACAGUUUCAAACGGACAUAAUCAACAUACUCAUCAACAGGUACCAAUAUAUAUAACAUAA